AUGACGGACCAACUCACCAAAGAGAGUUUCUUUGCGGCUCUUGAUCGUUUGGACGAAUCCGAGGAUGAGCAUGGCAACCGCGGGCAUGUCACGACCCCAGGCUACGACAUGGCCAAGCCCAAGGUGCAGAAAGUCGCUCUUGCCUCGGACCAUGGGCCAGUCUCACUUUCUCGAAACUCCGACCCUCAAAGUUUGUGUGACAUAGAGCGCGAAAGCGCCGAGUCAUCAAUAGCUCCCAAUCCAGUCUCUGUCAAUCGUCCAGAGUUGAUCGAAAUCAUGCCAAAGAGAGCUGGGCCACCCAGCAAGAGAAGAAAAACCAAUAACGUCAAGCUCAUACCCGACGGCCAGAAAAUCUUCAAGGGGUUGGUUUUCUUCUUUUGUCCAAACAAUGAUGUUUCCCCAUUCAGACGACUGCGUAUUCAACGAGCACAAGAGUAUGGUGCUCGGUGGAGUCGCGAAUGGUCCAGAGAUAUCACGCAUGCGAUCCUUGAUAAAGGGUUGCAAAUGAAGGACCUUCAGAGCUACCUGAAGGGCGAGGAUUUACCGACAAGCAUGGUCGUCGUCAAUGAAUCCUAUCCUUCCGAGUGCAUCCAAUUCCGCUCGAUUCUCAACCAUUCCCAACUUCGAUUCCGUGUCGAUGGAAUGACUCCAGUUUGCCAACAAGCAGAGCCGGCAGUGCUUGUAUCACAAGAUACCAACUCACCCCCUUCACGCGAGAAGCCUAACCAACUGGCGGCCGAAGUUGACAACAGCCAAAAGCCCGGCAGAGGCAAUCAUUCAACCCGACAAGAUCUUGCGUCUCAAUCGAGUCAACCUUUCGCUGCAGGCCAGGUCGCACUUCCACAAAAUUCGAGACACGAAGACAGGACCCCACCAAACUCGUUGAAUGCACCUUUGAUCAGCACUAUACCCGAAAGCGACCCUCAAGAACUGAUGGAUCAGUCCCACAAAGAUGUGGCUGGCGGGCAGCCCAUACAGCAAAGCAAUUGGGAGCGCGACGCUCUAGAUGAUAUCAUAGAUGAGGCCAAGGCUACGAGUCAUCUGCCUUUGGAUCUGAUGGAUUCCCCGGAUGACGGCAACGAAAAUGGCGCCCAAAGUGACAGUGAAAACUCGAGUUCAGAAGAGUCAAAUCCAAGACGGAAAGCACAUACAAGCGAAAAGAACCAAAAAACCGAGUGGACACAAGGUUUCGCCUGUAUGCAGAAGUAUGAUCCAGAAGUGAACGAAAAAAGUCCCAACAGUGGAACCAUUGACAUACUUCAACAAAUGCUCGACUACUACACCAGAAACACUGACCAAUGGCGCACACUUGCCUAUCGAAGGGCUAUCGCAGCUCUGCGGAAACAGAAAACAAGGAUCACAACUAAGGCACAAGCCAGGGCUAUUCCUGGCGUGGGACAGCGUCUAGCGGACAAGAUUGAAGAGAUUGUGAUGACCAAUCGUCUCCGUCGCUUGGAAAAUGCAAAUAACAGCCCCGAGGAUUUGAUCAUUCAACAAUUCCUCGGUGUAUACGGCGCUGGUCUACCCCAGGCUACAAAAUGGGUCGCACAAGGAUACAGUUCCUUGACCGAUCUCUUGGAAAAAGCUUCCCUCAGCAAGUCACAGCGUAUAGGAGUGGAGCGUUACAGCGACUUUGCCCAACGAAUCCCCCGCAAGGAGGUAGAAGCCCAUGGUGCAAUUGUUCGAAAAGCGGUGCAGAGUGUGGAUAAAGACAUGCAGGUGAUCAUCGGGGGUUCUUACCGCCGCGGGGCACUCACCUGUGGUGAUGUUGAUUGCCUCAUCACAAAGCCCGGUUCAACAAUUGAGCAGAUUCGCACCGUCAUGCUGGCACUCGUCGUGCCAAAGCUGCUCAACAGCGGGUUUCUCAAAGCCAGUCUUGCUAUCUCGUCGCAUUCGGAUGGCUCAAAGUGGCAUGGGGCCUCGGCGGUACCCGGUACCGACUUGUGGCGCCGUAUUGACUUGCUAUUUGUUCCUGAUGCUGAGAUCGGCGCGGCUCUGAUAUACUUCACCGGUAACGAUAUCUUCAACCGGAGUAUGAGGUUGUUGGCUAGGAAGAAAGGCAUGUGCCUCAACCAGAAGGGACUGUACAAUAACGUGCUACGUGAUGGACAAGUGAAAUUGAAUGAGGGCAGGCUGCUUGAGGGUCGCAAUGAGCGUCGAAUAUUUGCUUUGUUAGGUGUACCUUGGCGACCACCCGAGCACAGGAUCUGCUGA